AUGGCGAGGAGGAAGAACCAUCCGUUCGAUCAGCAUGACCACAAUGACGACGGCGACACGAGCUCGGACGACGGCCGCGAUUUCCAGACGGACGACUUCGACGACGACGUGAAUCCAGGAUCUGGUCUUGGAUUUGCACGCCAGCCUGUUCGCAAGAGGAUGCGCAGGACAAAGGAUCAGGCUAUUUACGGCAUCUUUGGCGACGACGAUCAUCACGUCGACGAGCAAGAAGAUGGGGUGGGGAGGACGGUUCGUGCUCGAGAUGCGAAAGGAAGGAAGAUUGACUACAGGGCUGGUCAAGCGUUCGUCCCAGCAUCCGAAGGAUCAGAAUCGAAAGCCAUGUCGGAUCCACGGCCACACUCGAGAUCAUCCGGCGAUGAAGCUGGCCAUCAGCAAUCACAAGAGGAGCGGGAGGACGACUUUCAACCAGCUUCAUUCUUUUCCACUCGCCAAGGCAUUGGAUCGACUACACAACGAGAGCCCCGACCGCAACGAGAACAACAGCCCGCCAAGGAAUCCGCAAGGGCAGGCAUAGGCGCACGAGCAGGCAUUGGCAGCGCAUCUACAAACGCCGAAGCAGGUCUAUCUUCGCGAAGGAGUGGCCUCACGUCACUCUCUAUGUUUGUCUCUGCCAGCGCAACGAGGCCUUCCGACACGAGCGUUCCACCGCGCAACCAUACAUUGGACGCGCCGGAAUCAGAAGCCUCACCUGUACCCGCUGCCACCACCCAGCCUUCACAAGGCGAUGAGAACAAUGCUUCGGCAGCAGAAGCAGAAGACAUGUCCGCUGCAGGCCUGCCAUCAUCCUUCUCCGCUCCACCACGGCAUGUAGCGCCUUCAGCCGCCUUCCAACGCUCUACCCACAAAGCAAAACCAGACGCCAUUCCGACACCCAAAACCAGCAUCAAGUUCGGCGGUAAAUUCGACCCGUCCGCCUACCUCGCCUCGAUGGGCUGGACCGGAGGCGGCCUCGGCAAGUCAGGCCAAGGCAUCGUCAACCCGAUCGAGGUGCAGCUGCGACCCGAGCGUGCCGGCAUCGCGUACGGUGGGCUCAAGGAGAAAACUAAGCAGGCCAAAGAUGAAGCGCGGCGGAGAGGCGAGGCUGUUUCGAGCGACGAAGAAGAGCGUGCGCUGCGUCGCAAGCAGGAGCGGAACAAGAAGGACAAGGAGAAGAAGACGGAGCAGCGCGCGUGGACGAAUGCAGAGAAGAAGCCACGCAAGCCCAAGAUAGAGCAUCGCACGUACGAGCAGAUCAUCGCCGAAAUCGGCGCGCUCCCGGCGACGCACAGCACGGUGGGCAAAAUCUACGAUGCGAGCAGUGGCGAGAUGCGCGAAGUGUCGGAUCUUGCUACGGCGUUGGGGAGGAAAGGUGUGCCCUCUGCUGCGAAAGCUGUGGGUGCGGACCAGUUGCCGGAGCUGCAGCAUAAUUUGAGGUUGAUCUGCGAUACCAAUGCGCAGACGCUCACCGCACUGGCGAGGGAAGGUGUGCAGAUUCAGGAUCGCAGACGGUGGUUGACGAGGGAGGCCGAGAUGGCGCAGCGGAAGAAAUUGGUGGAAGAGCGGAAGAUCGUGCGCGUGACAGGGGUUUUAGCCAUCGUCAGGCAGCUGGAAGAGACUUCGGUGCGCGCGGCGAGCGGUGACGACGAAACCGUAUUAGCACAGUUUACAGCGCUGAUCGAGCAGCUAGCACACGAAUACGAGGACGAAAUCACCGAAUUGGCGCUCGACGAGGCUGUGGUUGGGGCGCUCACUCCCAUCCUCAGCAAGCUCUGGUCGAGCUGGAAGCCCCUCAAGCAGCCCACGCUGACCACCUCGUACCUGUCCACCUGGCGACCCCUUCUCCGCACACAAGACGUGCGAUCCUUCAUGCCCACCAACGUCCCGGCAACCAUGACACCCUACGACACCCUACUCUGGACUCACUGGAUGCCGCCGAUCCGCAGCACGCUCAACAACGACUGGAAGCCGCACCACCCGUCCUCGGCAAUCACGCUGCUCGAAGCAUGGCGCGCCUUGCUACCCCGCUUCAUCUGGGACAAUGUGAUCGAACAGAUUGUGCUGCCGCAAUUGCGGCGCAGCAUCGCAGACUGGGAUGUGCGCACGAGCAAGUGGGGGCUGGAGCACGUGGUGUUUCCUUGGCUGCCCGUGCUGGGGGUGGAGCGGCUGCACGAAGUACUCGCGGAGGCGAGGCGGAAGCUGAGGAGUGCGUUGAAGGCGUGCAGUGUCAGUGGCGGUCCGAGUCGCGGGCUGGGCGAGUGGAAGCGUUUCUACGCGUCGCAUGUCGGUGCGGACGAGUGGGACACGCUGCUGCUUUCCACAGUUGUGCCUCGACUGUCGACGCACUUGUCGAGGUUGACGAUCAGCAGGAGGACAGAGGACCAGGACAUGUCCGUGCUCGACGAGGUGCGCCAGUGGCGCAAAGUGGUGCGUCGCUCCGUGCUGGUGCGUGUGUUGGCAGCGGGGGUGUUCCCGAAGUGGCUAGACGUGCUGUACGAGUGGCUGAAGCAGGUGUCACCGGAAUGGGAGGGCAUCGUUGCGUGGUACACAUUCUGGCGCAGGUGGUGGGUGACCGAGUCCAAGCUCAUCCGUGACGACGAGAACGACGAUGUGGUAGAUGCCGGCUUCUGCACUGGCCUGAACCUGAUCAACUCGGCUCUCGACAUGCCAGCCGAACGACGACACCUGCUCCAACCGGCGUCAUUCUCUCCACCUCGAUCCCAACCCACCGUCGACGCACCUCACACUACCGCACGAACACCAUCCCACGCCACGCCCGCGCACGACGAAACAGCGACAUUCCGCACCGUGCUCGCCGAGCAACUGGCCCUGCACGACCUGUUCCUCUUCAAAACGUCCCAAGUCCAGCCCACGGGCGUCACCACCACCGCGACCGUCUGGCGCGUCUCCGCCACCCUCCCCGCCGCGCGCGCCGGGCGUGGCGCGAAAUCCACAUCCUCAGCCCUGAUCUACGUCGAUGACGACGUCGUCUUCCAACACCAGCACAGCACCGCCCAGUGGGUGCCCGUCUCGAUCGGCCAGCUCGUCCAGUCGCUUGCCUGA